CCAACUGGCGGAAGAGGUGGAUGAAUUCUGAGUGCAAGCCAGACCUUGGGAAGUUUAAGCUCGCUGCAGGGAAGUUUUAUGGAGAUCCAGUGCGAGAUAAAGGUCUACAAACUAGUGAAAACUCUAAAUUUUAUGCUAUCUCCUCACGAUUUAAACCAUUUAGUAACAAAGGGAAGACUCUGGUCAUUCAGUAUACUGUGAAACAUGAGCAGAAGAUAGAUUGUGGUGGGGGAUAUGUUAAAAUUUUUUCCUCAAACUUGGACCAGAAGAACCUAAGUGGAGAUUCACAUUAUUACAUCAUGUUUGGGCCAGAUAUUUGUGGAUCCGAGACAAAGAAAGUCCAUGUUAUUUUAAAUUACAAGAAUAAACCCUAUCCAAUCAAGAAACCGAUCAGAUGCAAGGUUGAUGGAUAUACACAUCUAUAUACUUUGAUUAUAAGGCCAGAUCAGACUUACGAAGUAAAAAUUGAUAAUGAAAUGAUUGCAUCUGGCAACUUAGAAGAUGAUUUAGACUUUUUGCCACCAAGGAAAAUUAAUGAUCCAACAGUGAGGAAACCCCCUGACUGACAUGAUCGAAUCCAAAUUGAUGAUCCAAAUGACAUCAAACCUGAGGAUUGGGAUGAACCUGAAUAUGUCAUGGACACUAGUGCCGAGAAACCUGAAGAUUGGGAUGAUGCUAUGAAUGGAGAAUGGCAUUAUCCUAUGGCCAAGAAUCCUUUAUACAGAGGGGAAUGGAAACCAAGGCAGAUUGAACCAAAUUAUAGGGGAGUUUGGCCUCAUCCACAGAUUGACAAUCCAAAUUACUCGCCAGACUUUAGUGUCUACAGCUAUGAAAAUGUUAGCAUCAUUGGACUAGAUAUCUGGCAGGUGAGAGCUGGCACAAUUUUUGACAACUUCUUGAUAACAGAUGAUGAGGUUUAUGCAGAAGACUUUGGAGAUAAAACAUGGGGAGAAACAAAGGGUCCUGAAAAGGAAAUGAACAUAAAGCAGACUGAGGAAGAGCAGGAGAGAGAAAGAGUUACAGAAGAAAAAUACUUUAAGCAGCGGUUCAAGAAAAAGCUAGAGAGAAAAAAAGAAUCUAGAAAGGAUAGAGCAGUGAGGAACACUAUUGAGAAGGAAGAGCUUUAA